UAGUGCGUGUGCAGAAUUCUUAUAAUUUCGACUAUCGACACCAGUGCUAAAACUGGUCUUCCGUGUAAAAUCAUUUUAAAUGUCUUCUGAUCAAAAUCAUGUCCAAGAAAUUAUCCAAGGUAACGUCGCCUUCACCAACAAACUUUACCAAAUCCUUUCCCGGAAACCCGGAAAUGUUUUCUUUUCGCCGUUCAGUCUCUACGUUAUUCUCGCCAUGGCCUAUCAAGCAACAGGAACCGAGACACUAGAAAGUAUCCAAAAAGUGCUCGAAAUUCCUGACCCUUUAAAUACGGCCAUUGGUUACAAACAAAUAAUCCGCAACCUGACAUCGUUAAAAAAUGGGUUCUUACAUACAGCAUUCAAGAUCUACCUCGACAAAGAAAAACAACUCUUGCCGUCAUUUGCAAGUACCGUUAAAGAGUACUUUGACUCAGAAGUCGAACUCGCCGAUUUUAAAAAACCAACGGAAACCGCAAAAACGGUAAACGAAUGGGUAGCCGAAAAAACACACGGAAAAAUCAGACAGAUCGUCACCGAAAGAUCCGUUGAGUCUUCUUGUCUGUUUCUUCUUAACGCGCUCUAUUUUAAAGGCGACUGGGAUUCACCCUUUUCUGAAAAUAAAACUCGAGAGAUGCCUUUUUAUUUGAAUGACGAGAGCGUGGUGCAAGUGCAGAUGAUGACGGGUAUAAAAAACGCUUCCUACAAGUUCGACGAACAACUGAAUUGUCAAAUUUUGGUUUUGCCUUACUGUGAUAACGGGAUCAAGAUGGCUAUCAUACUACCAGAGGAGAAAAAUGGGAUUGGAAACCUGGAAGCUGCGUUGAGUCAGAUGAAUCUUAGCGAAAUCUUCACUAACUUGCGUCGAAGAAAAGUGGACGUGUCUUUACCGAAGUUUAAAUUCGAGACGUCCAUCGAGUUGAACGAUGUUGUAAAAGAGAUGGGGCUUGCCGUGAUGUACGACGAAGUGAACGCCGAUUUUAAGAAGAUGAUAAGAUUAGGCGUCGGACAAAACGUAUACGUUAGUAAAAUACUGCAAAAGGCUUGUAUUGAGGUUAACGAAAAGGGGGCAGAAGCGGCCGCGGUUACAGUUAUAGAAAUGCAAGUCGAAGUAUGCUGUACGGACGUGGUAAAGUCAAAUUAUAAGUUCGUUGUGGAUCAUCCUGCGAUUUUCAUGAUUGUUGCCGGAAAGCCUAAAAACACAAACAUUUUGUUUUAUGGAAGGUUGUACCACCCAAAGUACUAAUUAAGAAGAAAUGCAACGCAGUGAAGCAAACUGAUUUGAUUCGUAUGUACUAAAUGGUCUCAAGUUAAAGAUCAACUACAUGUCGUUUUUGGUUAUUUUGAUACGUAAAAUUGAAGCAAACAGACACUCUUGUUUUAUAAAAAAAUAUAUAAUUGGAUUUAUUUUAAAUAAAUUGGUACGAGACA